AUAUUUCUGAAAUGUUUGUAGUGACUAAAAUUGGACAAGGCUAUUCUGCAGAGUAUUUAAUUAUUUUAAAUAUUUAGUGUUUAACUAGUAAAUCGAUGUGGAUAACUGAUGGCUAUGAAGGUUUUCAAGUAGUAAUAGUAAUCUUUAUAUGAAAAUGAAAUAAAAAUGAUGUAAUUAUUAAGAAACAUUCCUGGAGUAAUAAGAGUUAGAGAAUGUGAAUGUGAUGGUUGCAUAAUGAUGGAUUACGCAAAAUAAGGAAAUCUGUUACAAUAUUUAAAGUUAUCAAAAUUCACAGAAGAAUUUUCAAGACAUUAUUUUAAGUAAAUAAUCUAAAGUAAAAAAUUUGUUAACUAGUAGUUAUUUCUGAAAUCCAUAAGAAUGGAGUGGCUCAUAGAGAUUUAAAAUUAGAAAACAUAUUAUUGGAUGAUAAUUUUAACAUUCUUAUUUGUGAUUUCGGAUAUGCAAUUAAAUUUAUGGAUGCUCAAGGGAAAAGAAUUAAGAUUAAUACGUAUUAUUAUUUAUUUAAUUUUAGAUAUGUUGGAUCUCCAUCAACAGCAGCUCCUGAAAUCUUCCUUUAACAACCUUAUCACGGAAUUGAAGCAGAUUUAUUUUAAUUGGGAGUUAUUUUAUUUUAAAUUACUUCUGGUUUCUGUCCAUUCUAAACAGCUAAUAUCAAAUCAGAUUAAGUAUACUAGCUAAUCUAUAGGUAUUUCUGUUGUUAAUAUUAUUUUUUAGAAAAUAACAUAACAAAUUUUGGGAAACAUAAUAAGUUGAUUUUAGUUCUGAAUUGAAAGAUUUAAUCAUAAAAUUAUUAGCUUUCAAUCCUAAUUAAAGAUUAUCUGUAAGAAUUUGUAUUGAUCUUAUUAGAUUUCAGAAAUCUAAACUCAUCCUUGGAUACUCAAAUCUGGGGUUGAUGAUUCACUAAUUGUUCAUGAAAUGAGCAAUAGGUAUCAACAGAUUCUUUUAACCUCCCAAGAAUAAGAAUAAUGACA